GCUGUUGGUCUAGUAUUUUAAUUACUCAAUCUGUUUGAUAUUUCACUUACAUUUGACUUUUGCAACUGUUCAUUUUCUUAUUUUCUUGCUGUUUUAGCAUCCCAAAGUUUGCUUUUGACCAUACCACAUGGCUGCCUUUACCAGGCUGCAGACUAUCUUGAGGAUAUUUGCUGGUAGGAAUACUACCUAUUCAUCACCAUGUCAACCAAGCUGCAUCCUCCCUAGAGUAGCAUCCUCCAGAUACAACAGUACUGAAGCCAAUAAUCCUACAUUGAGUGUACAUCCACAGACCAGCUUAUGUGAUGAGGCUGUCGACAUCAAGGCAAGUGGGUUAUCACCAGGACAACUAGUCACUUUAAAAACUCAAGUCUACACAGAGAAUGGAAAAUAUAGAUUUGAAUCAAAGGCUCAAUACAAAGCUGAUACAGAAGGAGAAGUAAGAGUUCAAAAGGAUCCAUCACUUGGAGGAAGCUAUGAGGGUGUUGAACCAAUGGGCCCGAUCCUGUCCUUGGAACCAAUCCCAGAGAUUGCUCAUAAGUACCCUCGAUUUGUCAAAUGGGAUGUUACAAAGCCUUUCAAUUAUACACUCCAACUUAUUGAAGAUGGUGAAGAUCAGACGAAAGUCAUUGCCUCUACAUCAAUGGAAAAGAAUUUCUUGGCAGACUAUGUUGAAAGGAUACCAGUCACGAUGGGAGGGGCAGAAGGGGUGUUAUUCUUGCCAAAACAAAGGGGAUCAUCUGAUCCACUUCCCUUCAUCAUUGACAUCAGAGGUCUACUCACUAAUCUAGUAGUAGACCGUGCAGCUACUCUAGCUUCUCAUGGGUUUGCCGUCUUUGCCUAUGAUUACUUUUUGCCUGUCAGACGCAAAAGUCAAGAAAAGUUUGUGUACAUUGAUGCUCAAUCCUUCAUAGACAUUGUAGACUUUGUAAAGGAACAUCCACGACUGGAUGAGAACAGAAUAGGAAUGACUAGUUCCUGCUAUGGAGGAGCAAUAAUGCUUAAUGUUGCUACUAGACUUGAUUUACCAAUCAAGUGCAUGGUUGGUGCUGGUUUUGUUGAUUUACUUUGCGUGAACGUUGGAUUGAAAAACCUGGAUGGGAGUCUACUUCAUCCUUUCAGUGACCCAAGCGAAUACAUUAAUACAUGGACAGAUGAACAUGGAAGGAGCUGGAUGUCACUUGGAAGUAAGCUGAAGGACUCUGUUGUUCAUAAAGCAUUAGAAUCCCCGGAUGCCACUUUUUGUCUGGAGGAAAAUGUAAAUUGUCCCUUGCUAUUGUUUUUACAUGAAGACGAUCAGCACAUCCCAUCUCAAGCAGCAACCAAACAUCUACGUGAUCGCUUGAAGAGAGCUGGCAAGGGUCAUUUGUUGGAGUUUGUGACCCUACCUGGAACAGGUCAUUUUUUGGAGGUCCCUUAUCAACCUAUCAACCUGGUUUCAAGUCUCUAUGACCCAACUGUACUCCAAACUCCUAAAUUACACUUUACGUUUUACGGUGGCACUGACACUAAGCAGGGAGUCAAGGAUCAAGUCUAUGCCUGGGGGAAAAUUGUGAAUUUCUUCCGGAAACAUCUUGAUGUCAAAGAAAUGUAUCGCAGUGAUUGGAUCUCAUCCUGAACUAUCUUUUCAUUCCACUAGUGAGGCGGGAAAUAGAUAAACUGAUCUUUGGAGUGAUAACUGUCACUUGGAUUAAAUGCCAAGCAGUGCCUAUUCCAUGUUUAUACACUGUACAUGUAUCUGUGUGUGGUAAUAUCAUAUUGGAGGAUUUUAUUAGUACUGUGCAUGUUG